ACAAAGUGUGCGUAAUUGGUGUUCCCACAAAUGCUAAGUGCUACUUUUAACGUCACGUUUUAAACAGUUAUGUGAAGAAGUAGGGCUUAAGGAGGUCAUCUUCUAGCCACCAGCGGCAAGUAUUGUAUGGUCAAGUUCACGAACACCUGCAUCACGUAAGAAAAGAAAGUUCAAGUGAAGUGUGAUUAUUAUUGCAAUUGGCGAAAUUUGAUGGAUAUUUAGAGAAAAAAUAUGAAGCAAUUGUUAGGGAUACUGUUUGUUGUUAUCCCGUUCGUGUUACCGGCUAGGUAUGUUCCUAAGUGGAAGAAGCAGGCAUGCGAAAUACCGGCGUCUCAGAAUGAGCAUUCACAUUACACUUGCGAUGACGAUGGGGAAGUAAGAUGCCUACCGGGGUGGGCGGGAGAUUUAUGCGAUGUGCCGAAAUGUCGUCCUGGUUGCGAUCCUUUGAAUGGUUACUGCGAUAACCCCGGAGAGUGUUUGUGCAAACUGGGAUUCUAUGGUGAAAAAUGUAACAAAUGUAUUCCAUUGCCGGGUUGUAGGAAUGGAUUUUGCAAAACUAGCUUUGAAUGUAGUUGCCACAAGGGAUGGGAUGGGUUGUUCUGUUCCGAUCCAAUUUGUCGAGCCGAAUGCCACCCGACUAGAGGAUAUUGUGAUUACCCUGGCGAGUGUCGAUGUCGACUGGGAUGGGCUGGCAAGAAUUGCAAAGACUGUCAAGUGUUACCUGGCUGUCAACAUGGAUACUGUACAAAACCGUUGGAAUGCAAAUGUUAUCCUGGCUACACAGGGAUACUUUGUCAAAUACCUAUUUGUGCAUCAACUUGCGACAGGAAAAGAGGUUACUGCCGGAAACCGGGGGAAUGUCGGUGUAAAGUAGGAUGGUGGGGAAAGAACUGCGACAAAUGUUACCCGUAUCCAGGUUGUGUUAAUGGUAGCUGUAACAGACCUUGGGAAUGUAAUUGUAAAGAAGGAUGGGGAGGAAUGCUAUGUGACGAAGAACUAAAUUAUUGUGAAAACAAUCCAAAGACAUGCCAAAACGGAUCUAAAUGUAUAUCACUGAUUAAAAGCGAAGGAAAUUACAAAUGCCUUUGUCGAGAGGGAACAAGAGGUAGAAAUUGCGAAAUAUCGGAAGUAUCUACUAAUUCAAGUACCGACUACAUACAGGCAAAUUCAACUGAUUUACCAUCGUCUACUGUUGAAACACCGCCAGCCAUAAAGAACGAAACACAUACUUAAUUGUUGUACACCUUUAUAAUUUAUUUAUUUAUUUAUUUACUUAUUACUGGAGUUGCCAAUAAAAUCAAUCCGCGACAUA